AUUCCCAGAAAUUCUAAUAGUUUAUGUUGACAGUCGACCGAAUGCGAUUAAACAACGCAACGCAUUCCCACCAAACUUUAUUCACUCCUCGGACUCGAGCCACAUGAUGCUAACGGCGCUCUAUUGCCAACGAAAAGGCAUCACUUUUGCGUCCAUUCACGAUUGUUUCUGGACUCACCCUUGCACUGUGGCAGAAAUGAAUAAGAUCUGCCGACAACAAUUCGUCUCUCUCCACUCUCAGCCUAUUUUGGAAGAUCUUUCAAAGUUUUUGGUCUCACAGUUUGCCGUCCGAGCGAGUGGUGCCGAUGCUGUUGACGAUGACACGCCCAAAGGACUUGCAAGACACAGAUUGAAUCAAAUUAUAAGUGAAGUGCCUAGACGCGGUAUGUUUGAUUUGCGCCUUGUUCUCGACUCGGUCUACUUCUUUUCCUAAACUAUAAAGGAUUAUCGGACGUGUUCGUUGGACAAAAAGUAACAACAGUUAGGAUGGUUGUAAAAUCUGUGCAUUCGUAUAAUUAGUAUUGUCUAGUCUUUUCCACAAUAAACCCGACGUGGUAGUUCCUAAUUUUGUCAUUGUUUAUAAGGAGAUAAUCAACAAGAUAAACAUCAAUCGCCUACACACGAUAAUCUAUUGUUAAUUUUUAUCAAGGAAGACCCGCCAUUUAAUGAAAGACAGACGAUGAAAGAGAAUCUGGUAGUUCCACGAUAUGAAACCAACAGGAAAUAAUUCUCGUCCCAAUUAAUUUUUUUAAAAUACGCAUUAAUUUUGCUGACCGAGACUGCACUAGUAACGAAACGAUUGCAAAUUUUCCGAAGUUUGGGGAUAAAAAAGGAAAAAAAUAUGAGGAGUUACCGCUAUGAAUUGAGAAAAGCAUAUAGAGAAACUUUGACGAAGA